CGUUAAAUCGAUUAUCAGGUUUUCUGUGAUCGAGGCCCCUCUCUUAUAACUCUCAAGAGAGAUUGGGAUUAUCCUCCUCAAAACCCUAGCAGCCCAGCUGUUACUGCCAUGAUUAUCAACCUAUAUAAACCCCCCAGGCCUUGAUUCUCAAUCCCGCGGUCAAAUUCCCCCGGCGUUUUUCGAUUCCGCUCGACUUGCUUGGAAUCAACAGUUCGCUAUUCGACGAUUAUUAUCCCCUCCCGGAGUUCAGCUCAAUCGGCGAUUACGCUUCCACGAUCCGACGUUGUUUUCGCUUCUCAAUUUAUCGAUUCCCUAACCCUAGGGUUGUCUGAUUCAACUCGGAGUUUCUUGAAGGAUCGCGAAGCCUUUGUUCGUCGCAAUCGCAGAGGGUUUUUCCAAUUGCCUCUGGGAUUUCCGAGUUCGAUUCGAAUCCGCGGCAGUCAAUCGGCGGAGGUUUGCAGGAGGAUUCUCUGGUGGCGAAGGAUCGAAUCGGCGGUCGGAGAAGAGCUAGGGUUCAGGCGUUCAAGGGCGAUCGAUCGGCGGUUUGAAUUAUUUGAUCUCAGUAGAGUAAUCGGAGGAAAAAAAAAAGAGCUUGAAUUUUUGUACUGUUUUGAUCAAUUUUCUUGUGGAGUUUAAUAUAAAGGCCUUUAUAAUUUUUUGAAAAGGCCUUUGAUUAUCAUCAUCGUUGGGUGUUUUGUUCUGUUCUUGUUGAGGUGUUAUACCUAAUAUCUUAUUUGGAAGGAAAAAAAGAAAAGAAAAGAAAAGAAAAAUAUUUGACCAUGGCGGUGUACUAUAAAUUUAAGAGUGCAAGAGAUUAUGAUUCUAUUGCUAUGGAUGGUCCCUUCAUCUCAGUUGGUUUACUCAAAGAAAAAAUAUUUGAAUCCAAGCAUUUAGGGAAGGGUACUGAUUUCGACCUUGUGGUCACCAAUGCCCAGACCAAUGAAGAGUAUCUUGAUGAAGCAACGUUGAUUCCAAAAAAUACCUCAGUUUUAAUACGCCGUGUUCCCGGACGCCCUCGAAUGCCCAUUGUUACUGAUUCAGAGCAUCGAGUGGAAGAUAUGGUGGAGAACACUGAACCUGAAAGGACUAGCUUUCUAGGAGUUAAUUCCUCAGUGAAUCCUGAGCCAGACUGGGAUGAUCUUGGGGGUGAUUUGUAUGAUAUUCCUGAAGUCUUUCCAGUGCAGCAAAGUUAUGCGGCUCCAGAUAUUCCACCAACAAAUAAAGCCGAUGAAGAUAGCAAGCUUAAGGCUCUAAUUGACACUCCAGUACUAGACUGGCAAAAUCAAGGUCCUGAUGGCUAUGGCUCUGGUAGAGGUUUUGGCAGGGGUAUGAAUGGAAGAAUGGGUGGACGUGGUUUUGGUCGAACAGGAGUGUUUGAGAAGAAAACACCUCCACAGGGCUACAUAUGUCACAGGUGUAAAGUUCCUGGCCAUUAUAUUCAGCACUGCCCCACAAAUGGUGAUCCAAAUUAUGACAUCAAAAGAGUGAAGCCUCCCACUGGCAUUCCCAAGUCCAUGUUGAUAGCAACCCCAGAUGGCUCAUAUGCAUUGCCGAGCGGUGCAGUGGCUGUAUUGAGGCCAAAUGAGGCUGCUUUUGAGAAAGAGAUUGAAGGCUUACCAUCUACGCGUUCUGUUGGUGAUCUACCACCUGAGCUACACUGCCCCUUGUGCAAGGAAGUGAUGAAAGAUGCUGUUUUAACGAGCAAGUGUUGCUUCAAGAGCUUUUGUGAUAAAUGUAUCAGGAAUUACAUUACCUCAAAGUCAGUGUGUGUCUGUGGGGCUACAAAUACCCUUGCUGAUGAUCUACUGCCAAAUAAGACUCUCAGGGAUACAAUUAAUCGAAUCUUGGAGUCUGGUAAUGACAGUACUGAUAAUGCAGGGAGUGCUUUCCAAGUUCAAGAUAUGGAGUCUGCACGCUGCCCACAACCCAAGAUUCCCUCCCCUACUCUAUCUGCUGCAUCAAAGGGAGAGAAUAAGCCUUUACCUCUGAGUGAUGAAGCUCUGAAGACACAGGGGACUGUAGAUGAGGUAAAACCUGUUCUUGCCCCACAGCAGAUGCUAGAGAAUGUGAGGAACACAAAGGUAGCCGAUGCAUCAGAAGCUACGCAUGAGUCAAUGAGCGUAAAGGAACCUGCAUCCCAAGGGAGUGCUCCCCUGGUUGACGAAGAAGUGCAGCAGAGGCUGGCCUCUGUGGAGGCAGGAAAGAAAAGGAAAAAGAAGAAGGUCCGCAUGCCUGCAAACGAAAUGCAAUGGAAGACUCCCCAAGACCUUGCAGCAGAGAACUACAUGAUGCACAUGGGCCCUUCUGCUUAUAAUCCAUACUGGAAUGGCAUGCAACCUGGCAUGGGCAUGGAUGGAUAUAUGCCACCAUACGGUGCUCCUAUGCCGUAUAUGGGGUAUGGAAUGGGCCCCAUGGACAUGCCAUUUGGAGGUCCUUUCCCACCUGAUGCAUUUGGUGGUCAAGGUUAUAUGAUGCCUAUGGUUCCACCACCACAGAGGGAUCUCGCAGACUUUGGUAUGGGUAUGGGAAUGAAUGGGAUGAAUGUUGGACCUCCUCCUAUCAUGAGCAGAGAGGAAUUCGAGGCUCGGAAAGCUGAUUUGAGGAGAAAGCGUGAAAAUGAGAGACGGGGCCAAAGCAGGGAGCUUUCUAAAGAUCGGGAAUAUGGGAGAGAAGUGCACGGUGAUGGGGAUAUGCCUCCAAUGAAGUCCAAAUCUAAGUCGUCUCUAGCCCCCCGAUCUCCAAGCCCCGACUACAGCAGAGAUCGCGACCACCAUCGCCACUACCGGUACGAGAGGUCCUCUCCUCCUCCUGAACCCACCAGAGAUCGAGACCGAGAACGAAGACCCUCACGUGACAUCCUCGACCCUCUCCCGCCACCCCGCCCUCCUAAGAGAAGAUCCGACCAUCACCACGAUAGAGACAGAGAGCGAGAGCCCAGCGCCAAGGACUACGACGACGAGAAACCCCGCCAGAAACGUCACCGCUCCGAGUCUUCCUCCUCGAAACCCGCCGAUGCUGAAACUGCACCACCUCCCUCCAAGCCUAGCUCAGCCAAGCAAGCGGCUGAAACUGCUUCAGCCAAGAGCAAGGCCAGCGUGUUCUCCAGGAUUAGCUUCCCUGAGGGUGAAGCUAACAAGAAGAGGAAGAGCUCUCCCUCUGCGAAGGAGGCGCCGGGCGGUUUGAAGGAGCUGGCAAAUGGGUUCCACGACCACGAGUAUAGCAAGUCUUCAAAGGUUGCUGCUGCUCCGGCUGUGAGUACAAGCAGCAGGAAGACGACUAGUGCUGUGAGUUCUCCUGCUGUGGACUAUGAGUCAAGCGACGACGAUAGACACUUUAAGAGGAAGAAGAAGUCGUCGAGGUAUGCUGAGGCCUCGCCGCCGGCGGUGCAGGUUGAGGAGGAGCCGUCGAGGCACUCGAGAGGUUCCAGGGAUCGAGAGCGGGAGCAUAGGCGGCCAAGAUAGAUAUUUAGAUUAACCACGGAGGGCAUUACUGUCCAUGCAUGCCGCUGCUGCUGAAACUAUCGCUUUGGGCUUUAUGAUGUAUUGCAGCUGUCCCAAGGGCAGUAGCUAAUGUUUCCUGCUCUUUGAUCUGGGAACGUUUUUCUGGAAUUUGAUUGUUUUGGAUUAAUAAACUUAGUACAAUAUGAAUAAUAGUUAUCUGUUCAAGUUC